AUGGAGACAAUCGACAAAUCAAGGCAGAAACUGAAACCGGAACUGAAGAAAGAGCCACGGACCACCGCCGAGAAGUGUUUUUCGGAGCAGGGGAAGCCGCGAGAAGCUACGGAUGAGGCCCAAAAGGACAAGAAAGAAAUGGCAGAGCUGAUGAGACUGAAGACAGCAGAAGAUUUGACCAAAAAACGGGUGAGAAUGCGAGUCCAGCUAAAUGUACAGAUGGACAAAGACCCAGGGAACAAAACCAUAUGGCUGAGGCUAUUGCUGGGAGGUCACCACAAUCCAAUCCCGGACGUCAAAGGUGAAACCGAGUCUGGAGACAAGACGGAAAUGGCCAAGGCUGAAAAAACCAUUCAAAUCAUCCCCAAACCAGCCGUGGGUCAAGUAUCGCAAAGGAAGCCGCAAUUUAAAGACGUCUGGAGGAGGAAGAAGAAAAAGAAGAAGAAGAUGAAGAGGAGAUUCAUCUAUUUCCACAAGAGCAUAAGAAGGAAAAAGAAAAAACGCAAGAGGAAGAAGAGGAAGAGGAGGGAGAUACGAAAAGGCCGCUGA